AUUAAAAGAUCUCGCUAUUUAUGCGCGGGUGUGUGAGGGCCAACUCCACUCCGCAGACAGACAGAAGACGAGUCAUGGGCAGCAUCACCCGCGCUUUGCCGCUGCUGCUGCUGCUCCUGUGCGCGCAAGGCGCCGCGGCCCAGCACUACCUGCGCCUGAGGCCCUCGCCCAGCGAGCAUCUGCCGGUCCCCGACCUCAAAGAGGACCCCGAUCCGGAGCACGAUCCGCGCGAGCAGGACCUCUCGGAGAAGACGCUGCGCAAGAAGCUAGGCAGCAACUUCGACCCCAGCUUCAUGUCCAUCCACCUGCCCACGCAGCUGAACGCCAGCGCGCCUCCGGAGCUGCCGCGCCUGCCCAUGCCCGCCGACCUCAAGAAGCUGAACCUGACGGAGACGCCGUACGGCAGGCGCGUCAAGGUGGGCAAGAAGGCGCGGCGGAAGUUUCUGCAGUGGCUGUGGAUGUACACGCACUGUCCGGUGCUGUACACCUGGAAGGACCUGGGAGCGCGUUUCUGGCCGCGCUACAUCAAGGAGGGCAACUGCUUCAGCGAGCGCUCCUGCUCCUUCCCCGAGGGCAUGUCAUGCAAGCCGGUCAAGUCGGUGACCAAGACCCUCCUGCGGUGGUACUGCCAGGGCUUCCUGCGGCAGAAGUACUGCACGUGGAUAUCGGUGCAGUACCCCAUCAUCUCCGAGUGCAAGUGCUCCUGCUGAGCAGAGAGAGAGGGGGGCUAUCGAUUGGGAAUGAUUGCACUGUUUAUCCACGGACAGAGACGUGUGGCGCCACAUAGCGAAUCUAUUUUUUAUACAUACAUACAUA